AUGAAGUUUUUUCACCGGGUUGCCAACUCACACAAGAGGAACCAUGCCAUCAAGAGCCUGUCCAUAGAUGGCUUUGCUUCGUCAAACCAACCAGUGAUCAAGGAUCAUUUAGCUGGACAUUUCGAAGAGCUACUCUUGGAACCUUUUGAUUGGCGACCUAGAUUAAAUGGUCUAGAUUUUGAGGCAAUUGACCAGACUAGUAUAGUUUGGCUUGAGAGACCUUUUGAAGAGGAGGUACAACAAGUAGUUAGAAAAAUGAAUAGAGACAAAGCUCCAAGUUCGGAUGGUUUUACCAUGGCAUUUUUUCAGACUUUUUGGGAGGUAGUGAAAGAGGAUGUCAUGCAGGUUUUUCAAGAAUUUUUCACUUUUGGAAAAUUUGAGAAGUGUUUAAAUGCUACAUUCAUUGCUCUCGUCCCCAAAAAGGUUGGUGCAAUGGAGGUGAAAGAUUUCUGCCCUAUUAGUCUUGUGGGCAGUAUGUAUAAGAUACUUUCAAAAGUUCUUGCUAAUAGGAUGAGCAUGGAUAUGUGGUUUUGGGGAGAAAUGGAGAUCGUGGAUGAGGCAUUGUGUGUCAAGGUUCGAUUUUCGAUUUUGGUGAAUGGUGACCCAGUAGGAUUCUUCAACAGUUUACGGGGGUUGUGCCAAGUAUCUGGUCUAAAAGUAAAUCUUACAAAAUCUGAGUUGGUUGCCGUGGAUAACAUUCGCAAUGUCAGGGGGCUGGCCAGCAUAUUGGGUUGUGGGGUUUCAUCGUUGUCUAUGAAGUAUCUUAGCCUUCAGAGCCAAGACUAG